UUAGUACUUCUACAGUAGAAGGGACAAGCACCCUUCCCCUUCUUAGCACUUCACAACCUGAAACCAGUGCUGCAGCCACCUCUACCAUAGGAAUAAUCUCCACCUCUCCUCUAGAGACGACAUCUGCAGCUCAAACUACAGCAAUGACUAGCAGCACUAGAAGUGAGGAGACAACCACGCUUCCUCUUCCGACAGCUUCAGAACCUGGGAGCACAGCUACAGCCACCUCAACUUUUCCGGAGACCUCCACAACUCCUGUAGAAACCACAACCCCAACAGAGAGGACGACAAGAACUAGUACCACUGGAGCUGAAGUGACAACCACCAUUUCCCUCCCUGCAACUUCACAACCUGAAAGCACAACUGCAGCCACCUCAACUGCUCCAGAAACAACCACAGUUCUGCAAGACACAACUUCCCCAGCUGAGACUACACCAAUAAUUAGUACUUCUACAGUAGAAGGGACAAGCACCCUUCCCCUUCUUAGCACUUCACAACCUGAAACCAGUGCUGCAGCCACCUCUACCACAGGAAUAACCUCCACCUCUCCUCUAGAGACGACAUCUGCAGCUCAAACUACAGGAAUGAGUAGCAGCACUAGCAGUGAGGAGACAACCACGCUUCCUCUUCCGACAGCUUCAGAACCUGGGAGCACAGCGAUAGCCACCUCAAUGUUUCCAGAGACCUCCACAACUCCUGUAGAAACCACAACCCCAACAGAGAGGAUAACAAGAACUAGUACCACUGGAGCUGAAGUGACAACCACACUUUCCCUUCCUUCAACUUCACAACCGGAAAGCACAACUGCAGCCACCUCAACUGCUCCAGAAACAACCACAGUUCUGCAAGACACCACUUCCCCAGCUGAGACUACACCAAUAAUUAGUACUUCUACAGUAGAAGGGACAAGCACCCUUCCCCUUCUUAGCACUUCAAAAUCUGAAACCACUCCUGCAAACACCUCUACCAUAGGAAUAACCUCCACCUCUUCUCUAGAGACGACUUCUGCACCUCAAACUACAGCAAUGAUUAGUAGCACUAGAAAUGAAGAGACAACCACGCUUCCCCUUCUUACAACUUCAGAACCUGAGAGCACAGCUACAGCCACCUCAACUAUUCCGGAGACCUCUGCAACUUCUGUAGAAACCCCAACCCCAACAGAGAGGACAACAAGAACUAGUACCACUGGAGCUGAAGUGACAACCACACUUUCCCUUCCUUCAACUUCACAACCUGAAAGCACAACUGCAGCCACCUCAACUGCUCCAGAAACAACCACAGUUCUGCAAAAGACCACUUCCCCAGCUGAGACUACACCAAUAAUUAGUACUUCUACAGUAGAAGGGACAAGCACCCUUCCUCUUCUUAGCACUUCACAAUCUGAAACCACUCCUGCAGCCACCUCUACCACAGUAAUAACCUCCACCUCUCCUCUAGAGUCGACUUCUGCACCUCAAACCACAGCAAUGACUAGUAGCAGUAGAGGUGAAGAGACAACCACAUUUCCCCUUCUUACAACUUCAGAACCUGGGAGCACAGCUACAGCCACCUCAACUUUUCCGGAGACCUCCACAACUCCUGUAGAAACCACAACCCCAACAGAGAGGACAACAAGAACUAGUACCACUGGAGCUGAAGUGACAAUCACAAUUUCCCUCCCUGCAACUUCACAAGCCGAAAGCACAACUGGAGCCACCUCAACUGCUCCAGAAACAACCACAGUUCUGCAAGACACAACUUCCCCAGCUGAGAGUACUCCAAUAAUUAGUACUUCUACAGUAGAAGGGACAAGCACCCUUCCCCUUCUUAGCACUUCACAACCUGAAAUCAGUGCUGCAGCCACCUCUACCACAGGAAUAACCUCCACCUCUCCUCUAGACACGACAUCUGCAGCUCAAACUACAGGAAUGAGUAGCAGCACUAGCAGUGAGGAGACAACCACGCUUCCUCUUCCGACAGUUUCAGAACCUGGGAGCACAGCUAUAGCCACCUCAAUGUUUCCAGAGACCUCCACAACUCCUGUAGAAACCACAACCCCAACAGAGAGGAUAACAAGAACUAGUACCACUGCAGCUGAAGUGACAACCACACUUUCCCUUCCUUCAACUUCACUACCUGAAAGCACAACUGCAGCCACCUCAACUGCUCCAGAAACAACCACAGUUCUGCAAGAGACCACUUCCCCAGCUGAGACUACACCAAUAAUUAGUACUUCUACAGUAGAAGGGACAAGCACCCUUCCUCUUCUUAGCACUUCACAAUCUGAAACCACUCCUGCAGACACCUCUACCACAGGAAUAACCUCCACCUCUCCUCUAGAGACGACUUCUGCAGCUCAAACUACAGCAAUGACUAGUAGCACUAGAAGUGAAGAGACAACCACGCUUCCCCUUCUUACAACUUCAGAACCUGAGAGCACAGCUACAGGCACCUCAACUUUUCCGGAGACCUCCACAACUCCUGUAGAAACCACUACCCCAACAGAGAGGACAACAAGAACUAGUACCACUGGAGCUGAAGUGACAACCACAAUUUCCCUCCCUGCAACUUCACAAGCCGAAAGCACAGCUAUAUCCAGCUCUACCACAGCAGAAACAUCCAGCUCACCAUUCCAGAUGACUUCAGCAGCUCAAACUUCAGUAAUAACCAGUACUUCUACAAUAGAGGUGACAACCAUUCUUCUUAAUCCCACGACUACACUGCCUGCGAGCACAGCUAUGGCCACCUCAACUGCAACAGAAACCACGAAAGUUACGUUAAAGACCACUUCCCCAGCUGAGACUACACCAAUAAUUAGUACUCCUACAAUAGAAGGGACAACCACCCUUCCCCUUCUUAGCACUUCACAACCUGAAACCAGUGCUGCAGCCACCUCUACCAUAGGAAUAACCUCCACCUCUUCUCUAGAGAUGACUUCUGCACCUCAAACUACAGCAAUGACUAGUAGCACUAGACGUGAAGGGACAACCACACUUCCUCUUCCGACUGCUUCAGAACCUGGGAGCACAGCUAUAGCCACCUCAAUGUUUCCAGAGACCUCCACAACUCCUGUAGAAAUCACAACCCCAACAGAGAGGACAACAAUUACUAGUACCACUGGAGCUGAAGUGACAACCACACUUUCCCUUCCUUCAACUUCGCAACCUGAAAGCACAACUGCAACCACCUCAACUGCUCCAGAAACAACCACAGUUCUGCAAGACACCACUUCCCCAGCUGAGACUACACCAAUAAUUAGUACUUCUACAGUAGAAGGGACAACCACCCUUCCUCUUUUUAGCACUUCACAAUCUGAAACCACUCCUGCAGACACCUCUACCUUGGGAAUAACCUCCACCUCUCCUCUAGAGACGACUUCUGCAGCUCAAACUACAGCAAUGACUAGCAGCACUGGAAGUGAAGAGACAACCACGCUUCCCCUUCUUACCACUUUAGAACCUGGGAGCACAGCUACAGCCAUCUCAACGUUUCCAGAGACCUCCACAACUCCUGUAGAAACCACAACCCCAACAGAGAGGACAACAAUAACUACCUCAGAACCUGGGAGCACAGCUACAGCCACCUCAACUUUUCCAGAGACCUCCACAACUCCAGUAGAUACUACAACCCCAACAGAGAAGACAACAAUAACUAGUACCACUGGAGCUGAAGUGACAACCACACUUUCCCUCCCUGCAACUUCACAAGCCGAAAGCACAGCUAUAGCCAGCUCUACCACAGCAGAAACAUCCACUUCACCUUUCCAGAUGACUUCUGCAGCUGAAACUACAGCAAUAACUAGUACAACCAGAAGUGAAGAAACAACCACCCUUCUUCUUCUUACAGCUUCAGAAUCUGGGAGUACAUCGAUAGCCACCUCAACUACUCCAGAGACCUCCAAAACUCCUGCAGAGAUCACUUCUCCAGGAGAGACUACGACUAUAUCUACUAUCACUACAGUGGAAAAGGCAACCACAGUUACUCUUCCUACCAGCACCAGGAGAAACAACAGCAGCCAUCUCUGUGAUGACCACAACAUCGCUUUCACCUACCACAGCUGCAUUGACAAGUAA